AUGCAACGGGACAGGGAUACAUUGGCGUAGAGAAGAAACUUUGUAUGGACAUGAGGAUAUUUUGGGAUAAUUUACUAUUUCUAACACAAAAGCCGAAUUUCUAAGAAGGAAAAACGCGUUUACGAGCAUUUACUUUCACUGUUUAUAGCUACAGUAUAUUUUUUAUAACCGUUUUCGACCUUAAUUAAACAUGACUGAAAUUAAAAUUUGACUUUUUACCGGACGAAUGAAAAUGCUCAUCGACCACACAGCUGUCCACUGAGGGAGAGGAGGUGCUCGGUGAAGCCCGCCAAUGUUCACCUUUUGUCGGCACUUCAAAGCAAGCCGUUGAUAUAUAUAUAUAUAUUUUUUUAUUUCCACGAGUUUCGGUGAGAAUAAAGUAGAAGAAACAUGGCAGAACACGAGAGUCUGGAGUUUGGAAAAGCAGAUUUUGUGCUUUUGGACAACGUGUCUAUGGAGGAAUUCAUGGCUAACCUAAAACUCAGGUUUGAGAAGGGGAGGAUCUACACUUACAUCGGAGAGGUGGUGGUGUCCGUCAAUCCUUACCGUGCCAUGAACAUCUACGGCCGCGACACCGUGGAGCAGUACAAGGGCCGCGAGCUGUACGAGAGGCCGCCCCACCUCUUCGCCAUCGCUGACGCUGCUUACAAAGCCAUGAAGAGGAGAAACAAAGACACUUGCAUUGUCAUCUCAGGGGAAAGUGGAGCAGGAAAGACAGAAGCCAGCAAGUAUAUAAUGCAAUACAUUGCUGCUAUCACCAAUCCUAAUCAGAGGGCUGAAGUUGAAAGGGUGAAAAACAUGCUGCUUAAAUCCAACUGCGUUUUGGAGGCCUUCGGGAACGCCAAGACCAACCGCAACGACAACUCCAGCCGCUUUGGCAAAUACAUGGACAUCAAUUUCGACUUCAAGGGAGAUCCCAUCGGCGGCCACAUCAACAACUACCUGCUGGAAAAGUCCAGGGUUAUUUUCCAGCAGGAAGGAGAGAGGAGCUUUCAUUCAUUCUACCAGCUGCUCAGAGGAGCUCCAGAUUCUUUGUUACGCUCUCUUCACAUCCAGAAGGACCCGACAGCCUACAACUACAUCAAAGUUGGAGGCCAGAUUAAGUCUUGCAUCAAUGAUGGGGCUGAUUUCAAAGCCGUAGCUGAUGCCAUGAAAGUGAUCGGUUUCACAGGGGACGAGAUUCAGACCGUUUACAAGAUCCUGGCCACCAUCCUACAUCUGGGGAACCUGACAUUCGGGGUGGACGGUGAUGUGACCUUGAUAGAUAACACAAAGCUGGUGUCUGUGCUCAGGGAUCUGCUAUCCACCAAGGAGGAGAACGUGGAGAAGGCCCUGCUCUACCGCACUGUGGCCACUGGUCGAGAUGUCAUUGAGAAACAGCAUACAGAACAGGAGGCCAGCUACGGACGGGACGCUCUGGCCAAGGCCAUGUACGAGCGUCUGUUCUGCUGGAUCGUGGGACGAAUCAAUGAUAUAAUUGAGGUGAAAAACUACGAUGCCAGAGUCCACGGGAAGAACACAGUUAUCGGGGUGCUGGACAUCUACGGUUUUGAGAUUUUCCAGAACAACAGCUUUGAACAGUUCUGCAUCAACUACUGUAAUGAAAAGCUGCAGCAGCUGUUCAUCCAGCUGGUGCUGAAGCAGGAGCAGGAAGAGUAUCAGAGAGAAGGCAUCCCCUGGAAACAUAUUGAUUACUUCAAUAACCAGAUCAUUGUGGACUUGGUGGAGCAGCAGCACAAGGGCAUCUUCUCUGUUCUGGAUGAGGCUUGUAUGAAUGUGGGCAAAGUCACAGAUGAGGUUUUCCUCCAGGGACUCAAUGGCAAGCUGGCCAAACACGCCCACUACACCAGCCGCAAGCUCUCACCCACUGAUAAGAGUUUGGAGUUCGACAGAGACUUUCGCAUCAGGCACUAUGCAGGAGACGUGGUGUACUCAGUGGUGGGUUUUAUUGAUAAGAACAAAGACACUCUGUUCCAGGAUUUCAAGAUACUGCUCUACAACAGCUCUAACCCAGUACUGAAGGCGAUGUGGCCCGAGGGCAAACUGAGCAUCACGGAGGUCACCAAACGGCCGCUGACAGCUGCGACACUCUUCAAAAACUCCAUGAUCUCACUGGUGGAGAACCUGGCCUGCAAGGAGCCCUAUUAUGUUCGCUGCAUCAAGCCCAAUGAUGUCAAGUCGCCUCUCCUGUUCGAGCUGGAGCGCUGCCGCCAUCAGGUGGAGUACCUCGGGCUGCUGGAGAACGUCAGAGUGCGCCGCGCCGGCUUCGCCUACAGACAGACGUACCCUCGCUUCCUACAGAGGUACAAGAUGAUCUCUGAGUUUACGUGGCCAAACCAUGACUUGCCAUCGGACAAAGAUGCAGUGAAGAGGCUCAUGCAGGGCUGUGGAUUUGACCAUGACGUGGCUUACGGCAAAACCAAGGUCUUCAUUCGCACACCGCGCACCCUCUUCAGCCUGGAGGAGCAGAGAGUCGAAAUGGUCCAAAGAAUCGUCCUCUUCCUCCAGAAGGUGUGGAGGGGCACCAUUGCCAGAAUGCGUUACCGACGGAUGCGAGCCGCCCUCGUCAUCCUUCAGGCCUACCGCCGCUACAAGGUCAAGUCCUACAUCCGUGAGGUCAACCGUCGCUUCAAAAAUGUGAGGUCCAUGAAGGACUACGGCAGACACGUGAAGUGGCCGACACCCCCCAAAGUCCUGCGCAAGUUUGAAGAGGCACUCAGGAGCAUCUACAACAGGUGGUGGGCAUGGACCCUGAUCAAAGGCCUUUCUCCAGAGGAGGCCCUGCAGGUGAGGGCCAAAGUGGCCUGCCUGGAGGCCCUCAAGGGCCAGAGGGCUGACUUGGGCCUACAAAGAGCCUGGGAAGGAAACUAUCUGAAGCGGGACAGUCCCGACACAGCAGCAUCGUUCACACUCGUCUCCAGCGAGCUGCAGCGGAAAGACAAAUUCAUGAGAGUUCUGUUCUCCUGCAAUGUUCGCAAGAUCAACCGUUUCCACAAGGCAGAGGACAGGGCCGUGCUCAUCACUGACCGCCACCUGUACAAGAUGGACCCCCUGAAGCAGUACAAGCCCAUGAAGAGCAUCCCCCUCUACAACGUGACGGGAGUGAGCGUGUCCCCUGGGAAAGACCAGCUGGUUGUGUUCCACACCAAGGACAACAGGGAUCUGGUGGUGUGCCUGCAGGGUAUGGUCCCUGCCAAUGAGAACCGCAUCGGGGAGUUGGUUGGCACCCUGCUUAGCCACUUCAAGAGUGAGAAGAGGAAGCUGCAGGUGAACAUCGUGAGUCCCAUCCAGUGCAGCAUGAACGGGAGGAAGUGCACGGUCAUCGUCGAGCCCAAGAUCAACCAGUCACAUCCGGACUUCACCAAGAGCCGAUCUGGUUACAUCCUGGCUGUUCCUGGCAACUAAACCAGGCUGAAAGAAAACAAAAAAAGAAAAGGACAGUGACAGCUGAUUUCAAACCAGGCCGGGAUGGUGAUGAUUAUGAUGACGAUGUUGAUGAUUCACUUCUCGUUCUUUUUUUUGUUUUUGUUUUUUUUGUUUUUUUUGCAGAACUGCUGAUAACGUGACAUUGUGGAUAGCAGCUCUGUAGGAGGAUUCAGAUAAUUAAAUCCUCACAUUGCAAAGCCAUGCCAAAUUUGACCUGUUUUGUAGAUUUCUAUGCAAUGCUACAGUGAAAAGGAAAUGCACAAUACACCUACAUGCAAAACGUUAUUAGCUUAACAGGUUUAACAAAAAUAUGCACUACAAGAUGAUUCACCAAAGUGGUGUUUUUUUUUUUUUCUUUUUAAAAUCCAAAUUUCAAAUGAUUUGCUUUGUGCAAUAUUUAGUUUAUUGUGGAUUGAUUAUUGUGAGUUAAGGUGAGAAGAGAUUAUGCGGCAACUGUUCGCAGAACCACUGAUGUUGCAUAAUAGGAAAAAAGAAAAAAUCCAAAGGCUUUGCAGGAAUUUAUAAUCCCUGCAGCUUCCUGUGUGGGAGCCAGAUCAAAAAGUGAAACCCCUAAAAAAAAAAAAUUAUAUUUAUAUUUUUCAGAUUCUUAGUCAGCUUUGAUUAUCUGCUUUGAAACACUAGUUGUGGAUAUAUUCUAAGGAAUAGUAAUGUUAGAUGACCUUUAAUUGAAGACUAGUUCAUUGUGUUUACAAUCACAUACAGGAGCAGAACAGCGAGUGAGAACAUGUGAUUCAGUGGUUCAGGCAGCAUCUGAUGCACAAACUCCAAAUCGAAUUCAUCGUUAGUUUGUUAGUCACAGGAUGUGUUGAGCAUAUCCUGAACUUGGCAGCCUGCUUCGUACGAAACGCUAAAAUCAAAUAAUUUAAAUCCUGCGUCUUAUACUCUCUACUGCAACGUCUCUACUUUUAUAACACUCGUAUACUGCUUAUGUAUUAAAAGUUAGAAUAUACUCUAUCUGAGCAACAUAAGACCAUUAAUAUGUGUAUGCACAGCACCUAUACUGCGUUUAGUGUACAGAGGGUUAUAAUGAUUACUGAAUAAUACUGUAGAUGAUAACAAAAACAUUACUUUUUUCCAGGAGGUCUUUUUAGUUCAUAUUCUCUUCAAGUGUUAGAUUUAAUGCUUUAGCUUGGCAACAGAGUGUUGCUGGCCAGUACUGUAUAAUCCCAUGUGAACUCCAGCCCCUGAACAUAGUCUCAUUUGCUGUCUUUGUGUUAAGUGAAUAGCCUAAUGCCUUGUAGUGGUCCUUAGUCCUGUGGAAGAGUCUUCCACUUGACAAAUAUCCCCUUCAUCAGAGGGAGUGAGAGAGAGAGAGAGAGAGUGUGUGUGUGUGUGUGUGUGGGGGAAGUGUGUGUACUUUGUAUGUGUGUGUGUGUUGAUUAGCUCUUUUCGCUCUCCUCCUCUUGGCUCAGGAGACUGAGAGCCUGGCUAGUGGCCACGGUGAAGGAGUGGAGGCAGAGGGGUGUGAAGUCUGCAAUCAGACUGCUGUCCUACUUUACUUUACCUCCCUGUCUAAUGAUGGGAAUGACUUCUUUUGUAUGAACGCUAGACUGUUAGGAGACGUGUUUCUCAUCUGAUCUUGCUAAUUUCCCUUCACUUCUCUGGAGCCAAAUUGCACUGAUCACAUCAUCAGCACUGAACACUCAGAGUUUGGUUCGUUCUGUUCUCACAAGCUGUUGGUUUUCUCUCUGGUGUUGGCACGUUACGAUAUGUUCUUCGUCCAGCCAUUGUAGAACAGAAGCUCACGAGAUGAAGAUUAAUACUGCGUGUUUGAUAUUAACAGAACAUCCGCAGAUUGAGGACGAAAGGCAAAGAGAGGCUAUCUGUUAUGGAAAUGUGCUUUUGUUGCUAAUUCUUGACCUUGGAAACAGCAGUUAAGAAAACACUUACUACAUUUAGUAGCCGUACUGGAGCUGUCAGUCGUGUUCCUUGAGCUUCAUCAGAAAAUGGAGUUGUAGAUGUAGAUGAUCAAAUUCAUGUGUUUUUUCAAACAUUUUAAAAACCUGAUCACAUCAAAGAUAACACAGCGGAAUUCAUCCACAUUUUUUUAUGAAUGAAUGAUUGUGUUUCUAGAAACUUGGUGACAGGGAUGUAGGGCUCAGUGAGCUAACCGCUAACAUGUUUGCCUGCCGGGAACAUGAGGUUUAAAAUGUAAGAUUUAGCACUAAUUAGCUGCGAUGGUUGUCCGAGGAAUUUUGUUCUCGGUGUUGUUCACCCUUUUAAUCAGUGAAUGAAGGGGAAAAGCUCUCUGAGCUAGCAAGCUUGCUAACUGUAAGUGAGAAAACAAGCUGUCAGUUAAUGAGCUCAUUAGCUCAGUGGCUAACAGGAUAAUAUGCUCACAAAGUUUAUAGCAAAGGCCAGCUUAUACUAUGGAUGUCUUUUUCACAGCUAUCAGCAAACCAGUGCUCUUUUGUGCAGUUAGUCCGACAGAGGAGGUUAAAUAAAAGUUGAUGGUGCGGCACAGCUAAAAGGCCACCACAGUUUCCUACAUUUUGGAAGGUCAGCGCUGUCGAGACAAGUUGCCACUGGAAAACGGCUCCAAUUUGUCUAAGGCAACACAAGGAAAACUGCAUCAAAAAUGCUCUAAUUAUAAUUUGAACAUAUAGACUUGCAUUACAAAUACGAAAACUCCAUCUGCUGAUAAAGAUCAUGUGAUGUGAUUGAAAGCUCCAGAACAGCUGCUAAAUGGAAUUGUCCGUCAGGGAUUAACUUUAAAUCUCAGCUUUGAAGUCAACAUGGACAAGAAGCACUUGCUGCUCAGAAAAAAAAUAACAAUCAUUUUACCAUCUACAGUUUCAUGACGAUUCUUAUCUACUAAUGAAGAUCAUGGGAUAUGGUCGAAAGCUCAAGAAUGGCAAAUUAAUUCUUACCCCUGUAUAAGAAUUAUAUUAUUAUUAUUAUAUUAUAUUAUAGAACUUCCUCAUUGCGGAAUAUGGAAGGAACUGACACAUGGAUGGAUGGGAUGAUUUUGUUAGCUUGAUAUUGAGGUCGUCAUAGUGACGUGAGAGUAACUGUUACCAGUUCUUAGGAUGAGAGAACCAACACUGCUUCGCCUCUCUACCCACAGACACAUAUCUUUGUUGUCUCUGUGUGAAGACUGAGUAAAGAGCACUGACUGUGGGCAGAGGAUCGACUGCCCAAGGUUAUGAAUCCACGCUCCCUGGGUGUCUGGCCUAGUUGAGGAGACUGGGGACGCUCUUGUCGACUUCACUUCCACAGGAAGGAAAACUUGUUAGCGGUCACUAUAGCCACAGUAGCACAGUGGCCCUCUAAUUGUUGUCUGAACAAGUCGUUUAUCUUAAUUAGUUUGCGAGCACCCCUGUCCUUUGAAGAGGCAAAUCUCCAUUCUACCUCACGGCUCUGUGGCGGAUGACCUCGUCCUGGUGUGUGAUAAGCAGCAGGAAGGAGUUGUUUGGGGAAAUUGGUGCAUUCAUAGUUUGGAUUAAGGAAGUGACAUCGGGAGCGUUAAUAGACAGUUUUGAAUGCAGCUUAGGUGCAGUGACUGCCUGUGAUGAGUGUGUGCGUGUGCGUGUGCGUGUGUGUGUGUGUGUGUGUGGACUAUAACACCACAGCUCUCCAUAUCCCUCAGCAUGGUAAUCUCCCACAGGGCUCUUCCUCUCCUCUCUGCUCGGCUAUUCACCGCUUAUCAUUAGGAUGGACUCCGUGUCACUUCUCACUUCAGCGCUUCUCUCUUCGCUUUCUCAAGGCGAAGGGGGUUGGUGAACAAAGCCUCACUUGGCCUCCUCUCCUUCUCUACUCCCUCUGCUUUCUUUUUCCUCCCUCACUCCCUCCCUCCCUCCCUCCCUCCUUUUCCACUUCCCUUCCCCUGUCAAAUCACUUGGCUCCUCGCCCAGCUGGGCUGACUGUACCGUCCUGCAGGGCAGUGAAGGUUUUCCUGUUUUUGUUUUUUUGUUUUUGUUUUUUUUUGUUUUCCUUCAGCCGUCCUGUGCCCAGGAGGCAUGGAAAUGGAAAGAGAAAGUACACCAGCAACAAGGCAAGUCAAACAAAAGGAGUAUCACACAGCAGAGAAAAAAUAAGACAAAGCUCAGUAUGUUAACCAGGAGUGGAUCUAUAUCCUAAUAAAAUAUAAGGAUAGUGUCAUACCUUUUGUUAAUUUAAACAGAUUCCCAUGAACAGACCAAAAUGCUCUACAUCUAAAAAUGCUACAAAUGCUCUAGUUGACAUCUUGACCUGUGUGUGGCUCCACUGCUUCCUGCUGAAGACAGAAAUCAGUGAAAACAGGACAGGAGUAUAAACUUAUAUUUUUUAAUAAGUGAAAGCAGUUUUCUAAAAUAGCUGGGCACUGUAGCUUUUAGUAAACGCUGCUCAAACAGGAGGAAAUAGUGCAUUUGUUGGGGACUAUUUUCAGCAGUGUAUUGAUACACAUUUGGUACAACAGGACAGAUUGGUUUUAAAAUAAACUACAACUAAUCUGUAUCAGGCUUUGGAUACGUGUUACUAGGGUGAAUGUAUUUUUGGUUUUGUUGACAGUAAGAGAAAUGUAGAGCAUCAUCAGACUUGUGCUUUAAUGUUCUCAGCAGUGAUCACUUUAUCAUGUAAUUGAUUAUCAGCUUUUCCGCAGAUUUAAAAACCACAGGCUUGAUCUAAUUACCCCCUUUAUAAACGGGCAUGAAGGAAUUAGAAAUAUGAAUAUUACCAGUAGGUGACUUGUGCCAUUGUGUUCUUCCCUUCACUGUUCUCUGUGUUGAGUGUUUAACAUGUACAUUCCUCCAGUUUUCACUGUUUCACUGUUUUUCAUGUAUUUGACACGAGACCCGUCCAUGUUAGCCAAAGGGUAACAAAUUCCAUUUUCUAUAAUUUAUUCUGUGGCUUUAAGCAAAAUCUGUAUGUAUGCACCGUUCAUUCAGUAUGUGCCUAAUUUUAUAAUAAGUUUAUAUUUUGCAUAUUUGUUUAAUAUUUCACUAUUACAUACCAUAGAUAUACUGUAAUAUCCAGACCAAGUCUAAAGGGAACUGUUGUUGCAAAUGUAUUCUGUAUAAAUGCAGAUUAUGCAUUAUGAUGUUCCAUAAUGAAAACUAUUUCAUUAA